GAUCACUCCCACGACCAAAGAUGAAGAUGGAUCGUUCAUGCAAUGCCCAACGCUUCUUCUGGAGAGCCCUCGUUCUCUUUCUAUCCCUACCUGCCCAUCAAGCUCUCUCCUCGAAGAGCGCCCGGGCCUUGAACAACACAGUCUCGGCUUUUAUCGUCUUUGGGGACUCCACGGUUGAUCCCGGGAACAACAACAACUUGAGGACGAUGUUCAAGAGCGAUUUCCUGCCAUAUGGCAGGGAUUUCGCCAACCGGGUGCCAACCGGGAGGUUCACGAACGGCCGGCUUGCCACCGAUUACAUUGUAUCGUAUAUCGGGAUUAAAGACUAUGUGCCAGCGUAUUUGGAACCGAGUCUUAGCUUCGAGGAUAUGAAGAGUGGUGUGAGCUUUGCUUCUGCUGGUUCUGGAUACGACCCUAUGACACCAACGCUUAGCAAUGUGGUGUCAUUGCCACAGCAACUGGAGUAUUUCAAAGAGUACAAGAAGCGGCUCAUGUCGACUAUGGGGAACCAAAGCACGAUCCAACACAUCAACAAGGCUGUCUUCCUUGUGAGCGCCGGCACUAACGAUUUCGUUGUCAAUUACUUCACCAUCCCCAUCCGGCAGCGGAGCUUCACCAUCGCCACGUACCAGCAAUUCUUGUUACAGCACGUGAAAGACCUCAUUAAGGGUUUAUGGGAGGAAGGAGCGAGAAGGAUUGCAGUGGCGGGACUGCCCCCAAUGGGUUGCUUGCCAAUAAUGAUCUCACUCAACUCAAACAGCGCCGUCCUGCAGAGAGGUUGCAUGGACCAGUACUCAUCGGUGGCAAGAGACUACAACGCGCUCCUCCAGACGGAGUUGGCUUCCAUGCAAAGCAGCUUGGCAAAUCAAGGCUCCAGAAUCUAUUAUGCAGAUAUAUACAAGCCCAUAAGCGACAUGAUUCUGAGGUUCCCAAGUUAUGGAUUCGAUGAAGCUCUGAGCGGAUGCUGCGGGACUGGGCUGCUGGAAGCAGCGUUCCUAUGCAACCCCAAUUCGUAUGUGUGCCCAGAUGCAUCCAAAUACGUGUUCUGGGAUUCAAUACACCCCACAGAGAAGGCUUAUUACCUGAUCUUUCAGUUGCUUCGCCCCAUCGUUAAUGCUCUCAUUCAAGACUAGCUCAAUCUUCGACCUCGACUCAUUAUCACUACAUUGUUUUUCCCACAAAUCUUUGUUGGCUCGCUGCGAAGAAUGUGCUAAUUCUCUGGAUGUUAAGCGCUCCUUGGAGAAGAGUAUAUUCGUAUAACGUACAUGAUGAGCUAUGUAUCGUAAGGAUUCAUUGCACAAAUAGAAGUUCAGUAUGGAUAUGUUCUUUUCUUUUUUUC